CCGUAAACAAAACUACAAAUUAGAAAUGAGCAUUUUAAUAAUCGAUUUAAAUUUGUUAACUUUCGAUUUUGAUCUCAAGCGAUCGCUACAUAUUGUUUAAUACAAAUUUUAGUUUGAUCUGUAGUGUCGUGUCUCUCUAACGGAGAAAGAGAACAAGAAAAUGAGUGCGCAUAUUCUAUUAUUUUUUUAGUCGCAAAUAAACUCUUAGUGCAAGCACGAGCACGGCAGUCCGCGCAUUACUACCAGCUCAAUAUAUACAUAUGUAUGUGUGCAUGUGCAUAUGCCAAUCGAGUGUGGAAUUUCGCCGAAAACGAAAAAACAUACAGAACGAUCUAGUAUACUUACUUAACAUACUUCAAUAGAGACACCAGAAAAUUGGGAUUCCCCGUAUAAUACUCAGCGAAAACCGGCGAAUGGAGUCUGCUUUAAAUGUAUUGACUAGGCUGAAAAUUAGAAAAUAAAACUUUGCAUAUACCAAUAUAAAUACUUUGGACAUAAUGGAUAUAUCAACCAUACUAGACAGAACCAAGUUUGUUGGAAAGAAAGUGAGCAAACGUUUACGAAACCCCAGAGGACCCUGCUUCUUGGCCAGUGGCUUUAUUCUGUUCUGGCUGCUCCUUUUCUUAGCGGUCGUAGUACCUCUAUUCCAUCGCGUUCCCGAUCCCAAGUCAGUCGAAGAUGCCACAAAGGGUGUCUUCAUUGCCCAACGAGCAAUGGACAAUUUAUAUAAUCUGGUCAAAAUUGGACCGAAAGUAGUUGGCAGCGAGAACAACGAGGUCAAGACUGUUAACUUCCUGCUUAAUGAGUUGGCUCUGAUCGAGAAAAACAUUCUGGACGAGUACUUCGACAUAGAAGUCGAUCUUCAGGAGGUAUCGGGAUCGUACAUUCAUUGGUCCAUGGUGAAUAUGUAUCAGGGAGUGCAGAACAUAGUCAUAAAGCUCAGCCCGAAGAACUGCACCAGCGAAACGUACCUCUUGGUUAAUAGCCACUUCGAUUCCAAGCCAACGAGUCCUUCAGCCGGCGAUGCAGGUCAAAUGGUGGCCAUUAUCCUGGAGGUUCUGCGAGUGAUUUCCACCACCAGGCAAACGUUCACCCAUCCAAUAAUCUUUUUGCUAAAUGGAGCCGAGGAAAAUCCUCUGCAGGCUUCACAUGGGUUCAUUACCCAACACAAAUGGGCUCCAUUCUGCAAAGCUUUUCUCAAUCUAGAAGGAGGUGCGGGUGGCGGUCGUGAGCUACUCUUUCAAACUGGACCCAAUCAUCCAUGGCUAGUAGAUUAUUACAAGAGAAAUGCCAAGCACCCAUUUGCUACCACAGUGGGUGAGGAAAUAUUUCAAACUGGCUCCUUGCCCUCUGAUACAGAUUUUGGUAUUCUCACUAAGUACGGAGAUCUCAUUGGUUUAGAUAUGGCUCAAAGUAUCAACGGCUUCACCUACCACACGAAGUACGAUACCUAUGAUAUUAUUCCUUCUAAUUCUGUUCAGAGUAUGGGUGAUAAUGUGCUCAGUUUGGUUCGUGCCUUAUCCAAUGCGACUGAACUGGAAGACACUGCUGCCUAUGAACAAGGACCGUCUGUGUUUUUUGACGUCUUGGGACUAUAUUUCGUCAACUAUACCAACAAAACAGCCAUAGUUUUAAACUUUUCAGUGGCCAUUGCGGCCAUACUUCUAAUUUACAUUUCCCUAGGACGAAUGGCGACUCAUUCCGAAGUGUCUACGGGUUUUAUGCUGUGCUGGUUCUUCCUAAUUACAGUCGUACAGGUUCUCGCCAUUGCGCUUGGCAUUGGUCUACCCAUAUUGAUUGCUAAUUGCUUUGAUAAAAACGACCUGAGCCUUACUUACUUUAGCACGCAGACUCUGAUGUUCGGCCUUUAUGUUUGCCCAAGUCUGUUUGGCUUACUUUUGCCGCCUUACAUUUUUAUCAAUCUGCCGCGUCAUAGCAAGACUUUCUUUCGUCAACAAUUGCAUAUGAUUCUUCAUGCACAUGCCUUUAUACUGGCUCUCCUGGGACUCGGAUUGACGGUGUACGGUCUGCGAAGCACCUACGUGAUAACCUGGACUCUCCUAUUCUACGUCAUUCCCCUGGCCAUCAACCUGAUAACCACGCUGCACGAUCAAGGAAUUUCGUGGACUGGGGCCGUAGUUAUCUUCCAACUUUUCUCAUUUUUGUACAAUAGCUAUCUACUAUAUACUCUUGUCCAGACGAUGAUUGCCAUGAUGGGACGCUUUGGCAGGUCAACGAACCCGGAUUUGUUAAUGUCUGCUAUAAACGCUUUGGGAACUGUUCUGGCAAUGGGAUUCUUGGUUCCCAUUGUAAUUAUAUUCCGUCGACCUGGUCUAAUCUUGCUUACUCUUUUGGCCGUGUUUGGUGUUAGCAUUUUGUCAGCCACAAUCACCCCCUUGGGUUUUCCCUAUAGGCCAAGGACGAGUGUAGAGCGAGUUCCAUAUCUGCAUGUUCGGCGUACUUUCUACGAGUACAGUGGAAACGUUAGCAAAGAAGACUCCGGCUACUUGUUCAAUUUCCAGGAUCGCCGUGGACCCGCUCCCUUGGAAGGCACCAAUGUAAAUCUGACUGGAUUGGUGGGCAUUGCAACUGAGUGCGAGAAGCGUAUGAUGUGUGGCCAGCCACUUUACGAUCACCGGUGGGUCAAGAAUCGUUUGAAUGCCAUGUGGCUGCCUCGAGAGGAUCUGAUCGAUCCUCCGUAUGUGCCCAAGGUGCAGCUCAUAAGCAAAAUUAUCCAGGCCGACAAGACAAGAGUGCGCUUCAAGUUCACAAUUAAUACCACGGAUCACACCAGUCUGUUCAUCCAACCAUUUGAGUUCGUGAACAUCACCAAUUGGUCCUUUCCACUCGAAUACAUCGGGCAGCAAAGCACCUACCAUGUGUACUUCUCUUAUGGCAAGAAUAGCUCGCCGUUAUCCUUCUUUAUCGAACUGUCGAAAGCCAACGGUGACUUCCAAAAUCCCCUCUUCCAGUUGGGUGUGUCUGCACACUUUAUUGGCAACAAGGGCGAUGAACUGAGCCAGAAAUUCGCCCAGUCUUUUCCGGACUAUGCCGUGCUGAUCGAGUGGCCAACCUCCUACCAACGAUUCAUUUUCUAAAAAAGUUUUACAUCUUAUACAUAUGUGAGUUGCAAUCGGAAAACCAAUCCAACAAUCGAUACCAUAAAACCAUAUAAUAAACAUGUUUGAUUAACAACACCAGUAACACAAGUGCCAAUAAUGAACUUUUUUUUUCGAUCUUACUUUUUUCUGACUUGAAAUGUCUGAAAAAUUAUAAUCUUAAUUAUAUGACUACGUCUGCAGAUAACUGGAAAUUGGCUCUGUUUAAUAUGUUUGUAUAUAUCGAGAUUUUAUUUAUGGAGAUUUUAUUAUUAUCAAGAUGAAAACAUAACUAAAGCAAACAUGUACUUAAAAGAAGAACAUUUAAGUUAAUAAACAAGAAAUGAA